AUGUCAGGUGUUAACAAGCUUGAAAUCGGCGCGGCUGCCAAUAGUGAAGAGAAGCUGUCACUGCCGGAAAGCCAGUACGAAAUUUCGGACAAUCAGCCUAGAACCACGUUCCAGCGCUUCAAGAGAUCUUUCAAGAGAGCAGAUGAAUCAGGCAACGGCCUCGACAAGGAAUACGGGGUAGACGCCGACCAACCUCCGCAAAACAACUUGAAAAAGACUAUAAAAUCCAGACAUGUGGUGAUGAUAUCACUCGGCACGGGGAUAGGUACCGGUAUGCUGGUGGGUAACGGUAAAGCUCUCCACAACGGUGGUCCCGCAGGUUUGGCGAUUGGAUACGCCAUUAUGGGAUCGUGUCUGUAUUGCAUUAUCCAAGCGGCCGGCGAGCUGGCUGUGGUGUACAGUUCGCUCUCGGGCAACUUCAACGCCUAUCCAUCCAUCCUGGUGGAACGAGCAUUUGGUUUUUCUGUUGCGUGGGUUUACUGUCUGCAAUGGCUGUGUGUUUUCCCGCUUGAACUGGUUACGGCAUCGAUCACCAUCAAAUACUGGACCACAUCGGUCAACCCAGACAUCUUCGUGGCUGUCUUCUACGUGCUCAUCAUCCUGGUCAACUUAUUUGGAGCCAGAGGGUAUGCAGAAGCGGAGUUUUUCUUUAACGUUUGCAAAGUGCUUAUGAUAACUGGGUUUUUCAUUUUGGGGAUUAUCGUCAAUUGUGGUGGAGCUGGAAAUUCCGGCUACAUUGGGGCCAAAUACUGGCACGAUCCAGGCAGCUUUUACGGAACGAAACCAAUCCAUCAUUUCAAGGGUAUUAUUGCCACAAUGGUAACUGCUGCAUUUGCUUUUGGUGCUACCGAGUUUAUUGCUCUGACAGCUGCCGAGCAAUCAAACCCAAGACGUGCUAUUCCCUCUGCUGCGAAAAAAGUCUUGUACAGAAUUGUGCUUAUUUUCUUGGUUCCGAUCAUAUUGGUAGGUUUUCUGGUUCCAUUCACUUCUGAUGAAUUAAUGGGUUCUGGAGGAUCUGCAACCCAUGCUUCUCCCUAUGUCAUUGCAAUCUCGUCUCAUGGUAUCAGGAUUGUUCCGCAUUUUAUUAAUGCUGUCAUUUUGUUGUCUGUUCUUUCGGUUGGUAACUCCGCGUUUUACUCGAGCUCACGCUUAUUACUGUCUCUAGCGCAUCAGAACUACGCUCCUAAAUGGCUAGAUUAUGUUGAUCGCGAGGGUAGACCUAUCAGGGCAAUGGUGAUUUCUACGAUUUUUGGAUUGAUUUCAUUUGUUGCAGCUUCUCCAAAGGAAGAGACAGUGUUUACGUGGCUAUUAGCCAUCUCAGGAUUAUCACAGCUGUUCACUUGGAUAUCAAUUUGCAUCUCUCACGUCAGAUUCAGAAAAGCGCUGCGAGUUCAAGGUAGAUCCCUGGGAGAACUCGGUUACAAGUCGCAGACUGGCUUGGCGGGUUCAUACUACGCUACCUUCAUCAUGGUUUGUGUGUUGAUUGGUCAAUUUUGGGUGGCCAUUGCACCCAUCGACUCAUCCAAAUUGGACGCUAACAAUUUCUUCGAAAACUACCUAGCGUUACCUAUCUUGGUGGUGCUGUACUUCGGUUACAAGCUGUGGACAAGAGAUUGGAAACUUUUCAUUAGAGCCAGCGACAUUGAUUUGAAAGUUGGCCGCAAGGUUUUCGAUGAAGAUCUCGUGAAGCAGGAGGACGCCGAAUACCAGGAAUAUAUUCGCAAUUCUGGAUGGCUUAGAAGAGUUGGAAACUUUUGGUGCUAG